AUGGAAGACGAAAUGGGGCCGUCGGUCCCAAUGGGAAAUAUCGUUUCCGGAUAUCACGAUGGAGCAAAGACUACCGACCCAGGAAAAGAACAAGAAGUUCCUCAAGAGAUCGUGGUAUUACCGAAACUAUCCGAUUGGCCUCGGCCAACCGUUACCACAAAUAUUCCUCCUCCUCCACCUCCUCAAAUAAUCUCACCUGCACAGAUGAUUAUUCCACCGCCUCCCACUGUAUAUCCGCCCGUUCCACCUUUCCCCGAAUUUGGUCCCUAUCCCAACUAUCCGAUGCUUGAUCCGGGUUAUCAGGCUCCGUACGAGUGUCAACAAGCACCACUUGACGAUUUCGAUCCGGAAGAGUGUCGCAAGUACUAUGAAGGCUACGAUGUGAUCUCGUUACAGCAACGUACGCAAAGUCUUCUGAAAGAGAUGGCAAUUGUGCAAGCGAUCCUUGAUCAAAAGCUGGAGAAGAAAAGGCCAACGACACCUCCCGCAAUCAUUGCGCCCAAAUCUCCACCCCCACCGACACCGAAGACUCCACCACCUCCUCCUCCUCAAAAGGAAUACCUUUGGAGGAAAGCAGUUGACGAAGAUGGAGCCAAGUAUUAUUAUCAUAAGAUCACUCGAGAAUCGGUUUGGGAACUUCCGGAAGGAGAAGAAAGUGAUCCAGGCGAACGCACACCCACGCGUAUGCCGGACACAUCAGGAUGUGGG